GACAACGCUUGGGCUUGCAAAAUCCAGACGAUGGCCUUGCUAUGCGUUACAUUGUUCCACUAGUGGAGAUUGAAUAAGCGCCCAAUUAAUCCUUCGGGUAGAUCGUUAUCGAUUGUUCAAAUGACCAGUAAUGGACAGAGUACUUUUAUUCAGUCGGCAUGUGCCAACAAUUCAUCGUGUAACCAUGUUGUAAUCAAGCUUGCCUCAGGCAUGUCAGGUGUGAAAAGCUUAAUAGAAUUGAUCAGCCAAAAUGACAAAGGCCCAGGGCCAGACAAUACCCGCCAGCACUAAAUGGUUCCGAUGCUUGUCCGAAAUUACAUGAAUGUAUCACGUGACCCGAACACGAGGUAAUUUAUACAACUUGGAGGCCCUCACAUUCAUAGCUCAUUUUCACUCGGGGGUUCAUUCCGCGAGAUGCAGUCCUCAGGCUCGGAUCGUACUGCUUCGGCCCACCCCUCUACACCGGCGGUAUGGUUGAAGGAGGGACACUCCCUACGUGGCAGAGACAUGUUCCCGGUCGCCGCGCGCUUAGUUCAUCCGGACGAGGUGGAUCCAGAGAAUUUCGCCAGUCUGUCAAGAAGAUACCCUCUUACAUCGUAUUCUUUCGACGACCUGGGCAGUGAAUUCAAAAAGCUUACUGGGUAUGACAUUACGGCGGUCCUGGGCAUGGCACAGAUGGAUGACAGCAUUUGCAACCGAAGCCUAACAGUCCACCAUGCAGUGCUACAGGCAAACUUGACAGGAGCCCCUGCGGGCCAAACCCUUCAGGCAUGUCAGGCUAAGGAGAAAGGCCAGAAGAGGAAAGCCCCAGAAGCCGCUGCAGGGGCACCCCCUAACGUGGAGCAGGGAGCUGACAAUAACAAUGUCCCGGCCCCUCACGCUGAUAAUGAGGAUCCAGCAGUACGUCUAAAACUCCUAGAAGGGGAGGUCAAGCGCAUAAGACAGACGCAAGAAGGCACAUCAGUCCAAACAGCCCUCUCUCAGGUGAGAACCUUGGCUUUGCGGACCACAACCCCAAAUGGCGUCCUCCUAGCCUCCCUCGAAAGCCUUUAUGACACGGCUGUAGCCUCUGAUCAUACUGACAAGGAGCUGUACAAGAUGGCUCUGAAGUCGAGGUUCCAACCCGACAGAUGGGAACUCAACACCGGAUUCGAUCCUCUAAAAGCUACUUCCGAACGUAGGUCACCAAGGCGGACCGAGUGUCGGGGUUCGGUGCCCUCUCUCUCUCUUCGCCCACUGUGCUGUUACUAAAAGUUUGGGAUGUCAAAGGUAAAAACUGGCAAGACUGUCUUGACUCACUCUCCCUAAGAGACCCUAAUUCGUUCGUAGCGGGGCAGCUACACACAGAAAAGCAAAACUGGUCCAUACUGCUCGAUCAGGUUAAUGAUAAAGAUUCUAAGUUGGUGGAAAAGUGGAUUUUCAACGAAGUUGAAAUAGUGGAUUUCUUUCAACCUUUUAAGGGUUACUUCAAAGGGGAAUUCUAUGACUCAAAGCUUCCCCCGGCAAUGGUCUUUCAUAACGCGCCAAAUUGUGCCCAACACAAAGAGGAUAUCGUGAGUCAUCUAGAGGAAGGUUUGCGUAAUGGUUCGCUUGAGCUAGUAGGAAAGGUUGGAGAAGUAGACCCCCCUCAUCUUGUGAUGCCUCUCCUGAUGGUUGAUGGCAAAAGGAAAAAGAGGCUCUGCCAUAAUGAGCAGUUUUUGAACUUAUGGAUGCGUCACAUUCCGUUCUCUCUUGAGGGUCUCUCUCUCCUUCCUUCCCUACUGGAUCAAGGGGAUUUUAUGGCGUCGUCUGACGAAAAAUCAGCCUACUAAGGAGUUCGCUUAUCUCCAGCUUCGCGAACCUAAUUUGGGGUACAGUUUGCUGGAUGGUACCUAGGUACACGGUUCUGCCAUUUGGCUGGUCGGAAUCGCCAUACAUCUACCAGACCAUUGGGAUGCAGGUUCCGUCAUUCCUGCGUCUCCGUGGAAUGAUUACAACUCAGUACCUCGACGAUAGAUUCCUUGGCCCGUUGAAAUCCAUCAUUGCAUCUAAAUUGAAUCAGACCGGAUGGUCCAUUUAUUUCAAUGCAGCCAUCCUUGACCUCUUGGGUUUCUUCAUAGAACAGAAUAAGUCCCUCUGGUUCCCUGUCUUAGCAAUGAUCCACCUUGGCCUUUGUAUUCACUCUGAUUUGAGACAGUUUAGCAUCCCAGAGGCUAAACGGGAGAAUUUCAAGAUCUUACGGGAAACCAUUUUAGAGUCGGAAGCUGUGCAUGUCAAAACUAUGGAAAAAUUCAUGGGCAAAUGUAUGUCUUUUAAGUUGUGUAUCCCAGUCGCAAGGCUAUACAUCCGGAUCAUGGCUGCCAGCAUUUCAAAGGCUUUGAAGUCAGGGUCCCCCAUCAAAAUUUGAGGGCGAUCUUAGGGAAGAAAUUCUCUUCUGGGGCUGCAUCGAUAACUUUGAACAGGGAUCAACAUUUUCCUGGCGGCAUGUGAUUCCCAGGGUAAAACUCCGGUUCAUCACGUUGACUGUGAAUUUAUGACGGACCUGAAACCUCUUUGCGCAUGCCCUCUACGUUUGGCUUAUAACACAGUUGUAAGUAAAAUCUCCCAGAUGAAAUCCAUCUUCAUAGCUUUGGGUAGAUGCCGCCCCUGGGGUCAGAUCCUUGGUAACCCGGCUAUCUCCGAGGAUAUAUCCAUUUAUCAGAAACAAGUCAAAGUGGAACAGAGCAAGGCUCAUGUGACCUCCAAACAGGCCAAACCCAUUUUCAUAUCGAAGCUAAGGUUGUUGGCGCUCUACUAAGAGCGUCACUUGGAAUCAGAAUCGGAAUCUUCCGAAUCAUUUAUCUUUGCUAGAGACCAGGCCCUAUUCAAGCUUUUAUUUUUUGGGGGCGACCGGUCCCACGAUCUUGGACUGAUGCUCUGUCAAGAACUGAAGGAACUCCCAAACCAUGAGGGCUUCCUUAUCAGGCACACCUGGGGUAAAACAGCCAGAAUUGAUAGGCCCAAGGUUUUCUCGGUUCUAAGGUGUCAGGACAAAUCUUUAUGCCUAGUGGAGGCUAUAGAAAGGUAUUUUUCUGUGGCAAAGUCCAUUGGUAUCAAUCUUGGGUGUGGUUUCCUGUUCCGUCCAGUGUGGAAAGGCCAAGUGUUAAACAAGCCACUCUCAUACGAAGCGAUAUACGCUAGACUUAAAUUCUACUUGCGCUCCCUUGGUAUUGACGAGGGGGAAACCCCUCACAGCUUCAGAGGAGGUUGCGCAAUAUCUCUUCACGCAGCCACAGGUGAUGGGAGGGACCUAGGCGCCGUGAUGCAACAUAUUGGCUGGGCUUCAGAGGCAUCAGCUAAGCAUUAUACCAGGGCAGAUUGCUCUAACCAGACCCGUUUGAAUGCCAGGCUUAUGCACAAUCUAAAUAUUGUUUCUCAGGCUGAACAGGAUUUUGUCAAUGAGAGAAGUCUACCAAAUGCCUUACCACGUUUGUAAUUUCUCGAGUACAGGCCUGGGUAUCCGGUGUCAUGCAGUUAUACAGGCUACCCACAGUCAAGAUUAAUACGGUCUCUGGAGCAGUAAUUGCAUGCAGUCUUCCCAGGCAGUCCAGUACAUAUAUAUAUAGAGCAGUUGUAAUUCUAUUUUGUGUUAAAACCUAUUUCGUAAUAAAGCCAAAAUAUAGUUGA